AUUCGUUCAAUCUCAACCCUUCCAUUCGUUUUUUCUUGCAUCAGACAUCUGUCUAGAGUCCUCUCGCUUCAUCUCCUGUAUCAGUUACACCUCAACCACACUCGCUUCAUCAAUCAUGCGUUUGCCUCCUCUCCUGCUCGCUCUAAGCGGGCUCGCCACGGCAGCCCAGCUCACUCACAUGAAUGGCAGACCGGUCAAUGUGGUUCGCCCUGCGGCUUUCUCGCGUCCCUCAGAACUGAAGGAAGCAAGCCACGUUGCACGCUUCGAAGCCAUUGACAGUACCGGCUCUCAGAGUCACAAUUUCCUGAAAUCCGCGCUUGCCGUCAACCGUGCCCCUGCUGCUCAAGCACCGUUCUCCGAAGCCGUCAUAGCCAUCAGGCAGGGCCGCAUCUACUCCAGUAAACUGGCCAUAGGAAGCCAAAUCUUCGACCUCAUCAUGGACACAGGCAGCAGCGACACUUGGGUUGCUUCGGAGCAUUACAUCUGUGACGAUGGAUUUGGUCACGACAUCGGUCAAGAUGACUGCCUUUUCGGUCCCGCCUACACCCCCUCUCCAACCAGUCAGUCGGUUCCCGGACUCACGUUCAAUAUAUCUUAUGCGGACGGCGAAUUCUUGGAUGGGCAGUUCGUGCACGAGAACGUGGCCCUUGGAGGCCUUGAGGUGGAGAAACAGCAGAUUGCUAUCAUUGACCGCGCCUUUUGGUUCGGAGACAACAAAUCCAGCGGACUCAUGGGACUGGCAUAUCCUGAACUAACCAAUUCGUUCCCCAAUGGCAAUGUGAGCCGUGGCAACGGGCAGAACUAUGAGUCGUUGAUGUUCAGUCUCAUCCGGACUCGGAAAACGGACCCUCUCUUCUCAAUUGCACUCGACCGCACCAGUCAACCCAUCUCGGAAGGCGGCGUCAUCGCUAUUGGCGGUCUUCCCCCAGGAGUCGCAUACCAUUCCCCAUGGGCGGUAACCCCGAUCGAGCUGUUCCAGUUGCUGCCAUCGGAUAAUCAAGAAUUCACCUUUUAUGCCAUCGGUAUCCAGGGUAUUGCUGUGGGCAAGCUGUCGGACUCUCGCAAAUUCCGUCGAAGCGCCAAAUUCCUCAAUGCCCACUCCAAGCCGCAAGAGCCCAAGAUUGAGAAGCGUUUUCUUCGGCCGCGCCAGGGGGCGCCAGUCGACCUCGUGUUCCCGAUUCAGUUCAUCGUCGACUCGGGCACCACUCUCAAUUACCUGCCGGCCUAUUAUUCCGAGGCCAUUGCCGCCGCCUAUGAACCGCCCGCGGUAUACAACUGGCUCGACGGGCUCUAUCACGUCCAGUGCAAUGCUACGGUACCGUAUCUCGCUUUCCAGAUCGGCGGACAGAUGCUGCAGAUCCCGCCACAAGAUAUGAUCUUCCAAUGGAAUGGGACUGGCACCGGAGGACAGCCAUUCUGUUACACCGGCUUCGCGGACGCUUCUCAGGGUAUUAAUGUUCUUGGUGGACCGUUCAUGAAGAAUGUGAUUAGCGUGUUCGACAUCGGUGGGGCUAGGAUGCACUUUGCUCAGCGGUGGUAUUAGGCGGACGGUAUCACUGCACUACGAGCGAUGGAGGAGUCCUGUGUAAUACGAGGGGCGAGGGUGGUUGGGAGUUGGCGUGGAGUAGAGGGUCCUGAUCACGCACUUGACUGUGCAGUUUCUUUGUUUCUAAUGGCGGCAUGUUAAAGUUAACCGGGUUACCCGUUAAA